AUGGGCCGUGAUCUUGAAAGCCUUGAGAUCAGAGCUGCUGGAAGUGGCUACUGGAGGGUUGUAGAGAAAGGAAAAGACAUUCAUAUCCCUCAGAACGAUCAAGUGAUGGGGAAGAGGAACACCUUGGUUUUUUGGGAGGUGCAAGGAUCCCAAGCUAGACUAACCAAAUGGGUGAUGCAUGAGUUUCGCCUUGUGUUAAUAGCUAAUUCAUCUAAGCACAAAAUUCAGAUGGAAGACUGGGUUGUGUAUCGCAUUUUAAAAAAAAAAGAUACAAAGAAGGUGAAGAAUCCAAGAGGGACUAAUGACCAUAGCUCUAGUGGAGCUAUAACUGAUGAUGAAAGUGAGGAAGUCAUUAAUUUCAAUGCUGAGAGUGAUAGUUUCUUAGGCCUUCUCUGA